ACAAAUUAUAUUAAUUUUGCUACCAUGGUCAAAACCCAGUUCUCUAAAAUUAUCAAAGUUUUGAGAACUGAUAAUGCUACUAAAUAUCUUGGUACUAAACUUCAAUCCUUUUUGAAACAACAGUGUACACUGCCACAACAAUCUUGUCCUUAUACUUCUGAACAAAAUGGGCAAGCCGAACACAAACACAGACACAUCCUUGAUUCUGUUCGUGCUCUCCUCAUUUCAUCUUCUUGUCCAGAGCGAUUUUGGUGUGAGGCUGCUCUUACAAUUGCUUAUCUUAUUAAUCGCAUUCCAUCAUCAGUCCUUAAUAACCAGUCUCCAUAUGAGCAUCUACAUGGUAUUCUUCCUGCUUAUAAUCUUCUUAAGGUUUUUGGUUGUGCAUGUUUUGUUCUUCUUCCACCUCAUGAACAUAACAAGUUAGAACCUACAGCUCGAUUAUGCUGUUUUUUGGGUUUUGAGAUUACACAAAAAGGAUAUCGUUGUUGGGAUCCUGUGUCACAAAAACUCCAAGUUUCACGUUGUGUUGUCUUUUCGGAACACACUAUGUUCUCAUCAUUGUCAAACUUCAAAGUGUCAUCCUCUCAUCAACCUCCAUGUUUUACUAAUCCUUCUAUUGAGCUAUUUCCUAGUGAUUCUAAUGCAGGUACAUCUGAUGAGCUCUACAAUGCCUCGCCACAUGCUCCAACUAGUUCUGUAGAAGAUGACCUGCCUGCUGGUAAUGUAUUAGAUAAUUUUGAGCCUUCUUCUACUUCCUCAUUUGUAUCACCUGUUGAUUCUACAAAUGAGCUUGUUGUCCCAUCCUCGAGUCAUCCUACUCGGGUAAGAAACCCUCCCAACUACCUUCGUGAUAAUAAUUGUUUUCCUGCUAUUACUUUGUUAUAUGAGCCUCAAUCCUAUCAAGAGGCCUCUUCUAACCCUCUUUGGCAACAAGCUAUGCAAGAUGAAUUACAAGCUCUUGAGAACACUUGUACAUGGGAUUUAGUUGAUCUUCUUGCUGAAAAAUCUCUAAUAGGGUGUAAAUGGGUGUACAAGAUCAAAACAAGAUCUAAUGGUUCUAUGGAGCGUUAUAAGGCACGCUUGGUUGCCAAGGGUCUUACACAGGAGUAUGGAAUUGACUAUGAGGAGACAUAUGCUCCAGUUGCUCGUCUUACAUCUGUGUGCAGUUUGCUUGCUAUCGCCGCUAUGCGAAGAUGGAAAUUGUUUCAGAUGGAUGUGAAAAAUGCUUUUCUUAAUGGUGACCUAGAAGAAGAAGUUUAUAUGAAACCACCUGUAAUAUCCCAAAAUUUUGGGAAUCUUCCCUCUCAACCCAGAAAUCCCGGAUCUGCUCUGUUCUUCUCCCUUGUCCGUCGGGUUCUGCUGGGUUUGAAUCCUUCGGCUUUUUCUGUGUGUCGUGAGUUUUCCCCUUGGAUCCCGUCGGCUUCCUCACCAGCCAAGCUCGGGUUCUGCUGGCUGGAAUUCUGGUUUUGAUCAUUCUGUCACCGUAGCACUUGGGUUAGCCUUCUAUUCUGUGCGAGUGAGUAACGGUUUUGUCAUUGAACGUUUUGCUAUUGAACUGAACUUGAUUUCCGCAUUAACGGUUUAUCAGUGAAAGUUUUGCUAUGUUUACAUGAUUUAUCUGGCAUGUUAAAAGUUUUACCCAAGGGCUAUCCAUAUUUACUUACUGAGUUAUCUCAUAGUUUUCCCUUGUCCACCAUUUCAGGAAGCGAAAUUGAGGACGGGGAAACCGAGGGGAGUGACGAGUUAGAAGGCUAGCCAUUUCGAGAUUGGUAUAGAUUUAGAAAUAAAUCAUGCUCUUGCAAGCUAGAGUGUAUGUGGAGAUUUUUGAUAACAUAGCAGAUUGUAAAAUUUUAUCUUGAGAUUUUGUGGUAUCAGGUUGUGAUUUGA